GCGCCCUCCGAGGCGGCAGCAGUCCCCGUCUGUCUGUCGGACUCGCAGCAGCGCUGAACUGAACUUCCGGAGAGACACAGGACUAACUCACGUCCAUUCAGCCCGACGCCUUUUCAGACAAGCUCCACAUCAACUUUGCCUUUUUUAUUUGCUCGAACGCAACCGAGAAGCGGACAAAAUGCGUCUCAUCCAGAACAUGACGACUAUCGCGGAGUAUCCAGCUGCUGACUUCACGGUUCCCAGCCGGGCCAUUAAAAUAGCGGUGAUCGGAGCCAGCGGAGUGGGGAAAACAGCGCUCGUGGUGAGAUUCCUAACGCGGCGCUUUAUCGGAGACUACGAGAGAAACGCUGGUAACCUGUACUCCAGAGAAGUCCAGGUGGACGGGGAGCAAGUCACCAUCCAGGUCCAGGACACCCCUGGUGCGGAGAUGACGGACAAUGGCAUCAGCCUCCCCGACCACGUGAGCUGCUCCAUCCAGUGGGCCGACGCCGUGGUGCUGGUGUACUCCGUGACGGACCGGCGCAGCUUCGACCUCAUCCAUCACACGCACCAGCUGGUUGCCCGUGCCGGCGGCGCCGGCGCGCCCCCGGUGAUCCUGCUGGCCAACAAAGCGGACCUGCUGCACCUGAGGCAGGUCGACCCCCAGCAAGGCCCCCUGCUGGCGCAGACGCUGGGCUGCUCCUUCUACGAGGUGUCGGCCAGUGAGGACUACAGCCAGGUGCACGGGGCCUUCCACAGGUUGUGCUGCCAGCUAGCUAAGCAGACGCCCGCCGUCCCCAACAACACCUCUGCCAGUGCCACCACGGAGAAGAGGCGCUCGCCCCUCAUCCCCAGGCCAAAAUCCCCCAACAUGCAAGACCUGAAGAGGAGAUUCAAGCAAGCGCUGUCUGCAAAGGUCAGGACUGUCACGUCGGUGUGAGGGCUGUCCAGAGCGGCCACAGAAAGUGCUAAACAGAGUAAAAGAAGACCCGAGAAGAUGAACGCUUCUCCACUGAAGCCUUGUUGCAGUCUGGCUGAAGGAGGCGGGUGUGAGAUGAACAGUGAUUCUAUGUAGCAGGAACCGGAUGAAUGUUGACGAGGCAGGUGUCUGUCCCGAGGCAAAGCACGCGUGAGGAGCAGCCCUGCGGAUUCUCAUCCGUUGAGGGAAAGACUCCCGAGGACGCAGAGGCAGCCGCGUUGAGGCUGACUGGACUCCAGACAGUAAAUGGAGCCCUCCUGGCAACAUGAAGGGGUCUCUGAAGGACGCUACUGUUCGUUUUUACCUGCACCGCCCAGUGUGGCAGCGCUUUGCUGACACCGCCACUCCUUGGCACCAGUGAAGCUGGUUUCAUUAUGCCUGCUGCUAGAGCCAGCUGUGUGUGUGUGUGUGUGUGUGUGUGUGUGUGUUCUUGGGCUCCUGCAAGGCAAUUUUUGCAAUUUAAUCUUGCAGCAGCAUCAUUUCUCAUGGGUGAGGGGGGGCUGUAGUGGGACAGCAGACACAGCAUGUAGCAUGUGGUGGUUAUUAUCACUGAUGCACUUUAUAAAAUGGAUUAGUCCAAAGGGCCUGUUAUUUAUGUGUUACAAACUCACCCUUUUUUGUUCACAAUAAAAAUUGAUGAAUUCGAAAUGUCUCUGCUUUUAAUUGGUCACUUGUAGUCAGAGGUUUUUGCAACUUCAGCACAAUCUGAGGUCUGAACUUGAGUCUAUGUAACAAAUCUGACUCCUACU